CAGUGACAGUUCAGAAAAUGUCAACAAAAACCAACCUAUGGUUUCGUAUCGUGAAAUACGUGGCCCUAUUUUUACCUACUUUCAAAUUUAACUUGAAUUUAUAAGUCAAAAUGUUGCUUAAAAUAUGUACCUUCUGUAUAUUAAUUCUUGUCUUCACAGCACAAAGUUUUGCGUAUUUUGUAACAGUGGAUGCUCAUGCAGAAGAAUGUUUUUUUGAUAAAGUUGAAGAAGGAACGAAAAUGGGUCUUACGUUUGAAAUAGCAGAAGGUGGUUUUCUGGAUAUUAACGUUCGAAUUAUGGGGCCCGAUGGCGAGGUUAUACAUGAAGGUGUUGGGGAGAGUCACGGCAAAUAUACCUUCACAGCAAACACUAAAGGUGUUUACACUUAUUGUUUCUCAAAUAAGAUGUCGACUCUUACGCCUAAGGUUGUCAUGUUUAAUAUGGCAAUUGGUGAAGCUAGGAGCCAAACGAAACCUGAUGGUGAGAACACCAACAAACUAGAAGAUAUGAUAAGAGAACUGAGCUCAUCGUUGAGUGGCGUCAAGCAAGAACAAGAGUACAUGGCAGUUAGAGACAGGAUUCAUAGGAGUAUAAACGAAAGUACAAACUCCAGAGUAGUGUUGUGGUCAUUUUUUGAAGCUUUGAUAUUAGUGGCCAUGACUGCCGGUCAAGUUUAUUACCUCAAGAGAUUUUUCGAAGUGAGGCGUGUAGUUUGAUUAAAUCUUGAGAAAGUGUG